AUGAGCCUUAUCCAGCUUUUAUAGAUUGUUUACCUUCGUCAUCUUUAUACAUAUAAGGCAUAACGAAAUUCUGAUGGGUUAUUCUUUUAAAUUCGAAUUGUUGAAAAGAGUUAACUUGAAGAUCCAUUCAUGGCAAUAAAUGAAAUUGCUAUCUUAAGGAGAUUAGAUCACAUAUAUAUAUAAAGAUUUUAGGAAGUUUAUGAAGAUUAAGUAUAUUUAUAUGUUGUUUAUGAUCAAUAUGCAGGAACAGAAUAAAAGUUUCUAUUUCCUUAGUUGUUAUAGACCACUGAAAAAGUAAUAGCUGAAUUACUUUAUAAAUUAUUAUUGGGAUUACAUCACAUACAUAGCAAAGGAUUGUUUCAUAGAGAUAUCAAAUUUGAUAAUAUUUUUAACAGGUUUCCUGACUGUAUCACUGAUUGCUAUUUUGUUAAUUUUUAAAGUGCAGAUUUUCACGAUAAUAAUAAGAUGCAUAAGAGAAUAGGAACUCCAGGUAUUAUGGCUCCAGAAAUUUUCAAAACCAAAUAAUAUGAUUAAUAAAUUGGCGUUUUUCUUUAGGAGUGAUUUUUUAUUAUAUUGUAUUUGGUAGAAUGCCGUUUGGCACCGAUUUCAAUGAAGUACGUUUUAUUAUUUAAACAGAGAGUUGCUCUCAAGAAAUGAAUAAGGAGAUAUAGAGUAUCCAGAUUACUGUAAAAUAUCAGUCAGUGGACUUCAGUUGAUGAAACUAAUGCUACAAAAAGAUGCGUAAAAAAGAUUUACCUCGUUUUAAGCUCUAAAUCAUCAUUGGUUUAUAAAUUUAAAAAUCAGAGACUUAUUGAGAAAACCAAGCGUUAUGAUGAACCAAAUUAAAAUGGGGUCUGGACUGAAUUUAUCCACAAUAUUAGAAAAAUCUGAUAUGGUAGAGAAUUCUAAUAUGUCUAUUGCUCCCACUCCAAGAGGAGCCAAAAAGAAAAGUUAAAUCUCAACAUCCAAAUCUUCCGACCUGAAUAUUUUAGAUUAAGAAUUUAUUUAUGAUUCAGUUAACAAGUAUAAUGCCCCGACCAUCAAAGUUAAAACUUCAAUCUAGUUAAACUUAAAUGUAAAAAUGA